CAGGCAUAUCUAACCAGAGCACAGAAAACCAACACAAAAAGGAUACAUUGAGCAACAUACAAUAUAAUGGCAGCUCAGGCUUCAUCCAUUAUAGUCCCCACCGACGCCGAGCUGCUGCAGGCACAGGCUGAUCUAUGGCAAAACAGCCUGUGCUACCUCAAAUCCAUGGCGCUCAAGUGCGCAGCUGAGCUCGGCAUACCCACUGCCAUCUACCGCCUCGGCGGUGCUGCCUCGCUUGCCGACCUGAUCGCCGCACUGUCACUCCCACAGGCUAAGCUGCCGUUCCUUGGUCGUCUCAUGAGGCUGCUGGCCUCGUCGGGCGCCUUCGCCGUGGUUGGGUCUACUGAUGAGGCUGUCUACUCGCUCACACCACUGUCAUACCUCCUGGUGGAUGGCAUCGCUGGCGAUAGUAACCACAUGGACCAUGCACCUUUCCUGCUGACAGUGACUUCGACGCACUACAUUGACUUGGCAAUGGACCUAGCUGAUUGGUUCAAGAAGGAAGACAAGACACCCCCUUUCGAUCACAAGCACGGAGCAUCGCUGUUCGAGGACAGCAUGGAGCGCACGGAUCCCGGGUUCCACAAGAUGUCAAAGCUGGGUUUACUGGUCCACGACAACUUUGGAACCAACAUUGGCGUGCGGGACUACCAGUUCGUUUUCCAGGGUGUAAAGUCAGUGACUGACUGCUGUUACCAUGGGGAUGGCACCACAGGGAAGGCCAUCGCCAUGGCCUUCCCACAGAUCAAGGUCACUGUGCUAGAUCUUCCACAGGAGAUUCGCAAGAUACCGGCUGAUGGUGUUGUCAAUUAUGUUGGAGGUGACAUGUUCAAGUCCAUCCCACCUGCUCAAAUGGUGACACUUAAGAUGGUGCUGCACCACUGGAGUGAUGAGGACUGCGUGAAGAUCCUUGCCAAUUGCAAGAAGGCAAUACCUUCAAAGGAAGAUGGAGGGAAAGUUGUCAUCGCUGAUAUUAUUCUUGACCCUGCCUCAGGACCAGUAAUGUUUGAAACUCACCUCCUAAUGGACGUCUGCAUGAUGCUGAUGAAAGGAGGCCGGCAGCGGGACUUGAAUGACUGGCGUGACCUCAUCCUGAAAGCAGGGUUCAGUGACUAUAAGCUGCUCAAGAACUUUGGAGCUCGUGGUGUCCUGGAGAUCUAUCCCUAAGACCUACAUUAUCCUCGACGAUCGGCGCAUCUUUAUAUUGUGGUUUGGCGCGAAGAAACCUACAUAUAGUACUAAAAUAAAGGGAGUGUGUCAUAGUUUUCUGAAUGAUCGUUUCAUGGAACACUGACUAGCAGCUUAGCUGUGACAAGCUUGGUUGCUCCAUGAUCUGUUUAACUUUCAUUUGGAGAAGUAUCUUGGCACAUCAUGAGAUGCUACGUGCAUCAUGUUAAUACAUACCCACCGUCCAGGAGUGUUGGAAAAUGUGUGUACUAUCUUGUAAUUGGUCUUGUAUAUCGGAAAGCAGGAGCAACUAUUUUACCGAUACCAGAUACAUAUCAAUAAAAAAAAACAGGAGAGACUCUGAA